AUGUUCAUGAAAGGAGACCUGCUGGUGCUCUGGCCCUUCCACAGGCUCUGUGUUUGCCAUCCGCUGAGAGGACUGGUUGUGCAGGGCGGCAGUAACAAUGCCAUGUGCGAGCUACACAGCUGGGCAGGUAGCAGUGAGCAUCUCAGGGCACCCUUGGGAUGUGGCUUUCCCCCACCGGUGUGCCACGAGACAACGUUCCUAAACUGUGUUUCCCCCCUUCGGAGUUGUGGUUUUGUAAGCAAUGCUCACAUGCAGCAGAGCAGUCUAGCUGUGAUCAGUAGGAGCCGCCUGUGUGAGGAGGUGUCUGGGUCAUUCAGGGCCCUGGGCUUGCCGAAACGGCUCAGUCAGUCAGAGUCCGGCCUGCCAAGGAUGGAGCUCUGCGAGGACCAGGAGGCCAGCAGCCUGGAGCCACCAGCAUCGCCGCUGCCGUGGCAAGUGCUGCCGGUUCUGUCGGAGCAGCAAAGCAGGGCGGUGGAGCUGGUGCCCGCCUAUGCCGCACCAGUGCUCGAUCCGCGCCAGACCUCCCGCCUGGUCCGGGAGGUGUCAGCCGCCCUUCCGCUGCCUGCCCAGCCCCACCUCAAGCGGGUGAGGCCGAACUUGGACACGCAGGUCCCGCACGCACUCGAGCUGCUGCUGUGCCUGGCAGGGCCGUCCCCGGGGGCGCGCACGCUCGCCGAGCUUCUGCCGCCUGCCGUGGAUGCUCACGGACUGGGGCCGCCCUUCCUGGUACCUGUGCCGGCCUGGCCUCCGCUGACGCGUGCCCAGUUUGAGGCGGCGCAGGCGCACUGGCCCUCAACCUUCCACGAGGACAAGCAGGUGACAUGCGCGCUGGCUGGCCGGCUCUUCUCGCCGCAGGAGCGGGCCCGCAUGCAGGGCCACAUGGAGCGGGCUGUGUGGGCGGCACAGCAUGCUGCGGCGCGGGGCCUGCGGGCCGUGGGCGCCGUGGUGGUGGAGCCGGGCUCCGGCCGUAUUCUGGCCACGGGCCACGACUGCAGCAGUUCCUCCAGCCCCUUGCUACACGCCACCAUGGUGUGUGUGGACCUUGUGGCCCAGGGCCAGGGCCGCGGUGCCUAUGACCUGGGGCACCAUCCUGCCUGCUCCUUCGAAGUGACUGCUGCCCCCCAGCUCCCGGUGAGGCCGGGCACCGUGCGGAAGCUGGAGCACCGGGAUGAGGAUGGGGACAGCAAGGAUGGGCUCCCGUACGUGUGCACCGGCUACGACCUGUACAUCACCCGCGAGCCCUGUGUCAUGUGCGCCAUGGCGCUCGUGCAUGCCCGUAUCCGCAGGGUCUUCUACGGGGCGCCCUCACCCGAUGGUGCCCUGGGCUCUCGCUUCCGCCUGCACGCCCGACCUGACCUCAACCACCGCUUCCAGGUGUUCCGCGGUGUGCUGGAGGACCAGUGCGGCCAGCUCGACCCCGACAUGUAG